UCCUCUCUGUAUCUCUCGCCUCGCAUUCUGUAUUCGUUUACCCGCUCUUCUUCUUCUUCUUCUUCUUCGUCAUCCUCGCCUCUCGUUAAUUCUAGCUUUACCCUCACAAAAGAAGAAGGAAAAGGUAAAAGGAACAGAAUGGAGGCGGCGUGCUCGACCUCCUCUUCUCCCUCCCUCCUCACCCUGCACUCCUUACGCCCGUCCUCCGCACACCGCCGCCCCGUCGCCGCCUCUCUCUACCCCACCGCGGCCGGUUUGAAGGCCUCGAGUUCCUCCUCCUCCCUCCUGGUCGAAUUUCGACGCCGAUCGCUUACCUCCAUCCCCCUCCUCCCUUCCCAGCGGUAUUGCCACCGACGGCGGUCCAGGCGGGCCAUCUCGGCGGUGUUCGAGCGGUUCACGGAGCGGGCCAUCAAGACCGUCAUGUUCUCCCAGCGCGAGGCGCAGACCCACGGCAUGGGUAUCGUCUUCAACCAGCACCUCCUCCUCGGCCUCGUCGCCGAGGACAAAUCCCCCAGCGGCUUCCUCGGCACCGGCAUCACUAUCGAUCGCGCCAGGGAGGCCGUCCGGGCCAUCUGGCCCGAUGGGGUUGCCGCUGAUCAGGCCACGACGCCCUCCUCCGGGUCAUCCACCGGCGUGCCCUUCUCCCUCAACAGCAAGCGGGUGUUCCAGGCCGCUGUCGAAUGCUCCAAGAACAUGGGCUGCAAGUUCAUCGCCCCGGAGCACAUCACCAUCGGCCUCUUGAACGCCGAUGAUGGCAGCGUGGCGCAGGUCCUCCAGAGUUUGGGAACAGAUCUCAGUCAUUUAGCAUCGGUGGCCCUAUCCAGACUCCAUGGGGAGCUUGCCAAGGAUGGUAGAGAACCAGUGGCAUCAUCUCAAAAGAUGCCAGAGAAAUCUCUUGAUAGAAAAUCUGCAAGUUUGAGGUCUUCAGAUAAGACAAAAGAAAAAAGCCCAUUAGCUCAAUUCUGUGUGGAUCUAACUGCUCUGGCUAGCGAAGAUCUCAUUGAUCCUGUAAUUGGUCGAGAUACAGAGAUUCAGAGAAUUGUCCAGAUCCUAUGCCGAAGGACAAAGAACAACCCCAUUCUUUUGGGGGACCCUGGUGUUGGGAAAACUGCAAUUGCUGAAGGAUUGGCUCUUCGCAUUGCUAAAGGAGAGAUUCCUUCUUUUCUUAAGGAAAAACGUAUAAUGUCACUGGAUGUAGGCUUACUGAUGGCAGGUGCCAAAGAGAGGGGAGGACUGGAAUCCCGAGUUACUGGUUUGAUAAGUGAAGUGCAGAAAGCAGGUGAUAUCAUACUCUUUAUUGAUGAAGUUCAUACACUGAUUGGUUCUGGCAGUGUUGGAAGAGGAAACAAUAGUUCUGGUCUUGAUAUUGCUAACUUGUUGAAGCCUGCCCUUGGUAGAGGUGAAUUGCAGUGCAUUGCUUCAACAACUUUAGAUGAACAUAAGACACAUUUUGAUAAGGAUAAAGCUUUAGCUCGACGAUUCCAACCAGUUCUCAUAAACGAACCUAGCCAGGAGGAUGCUGUGAAGAUCUUGCUGGGUUUACGUGAGAAAUAUGAGAUCCAUCACAAGUGUACAUUCACAUUAGAAGCCAUAAAUGCUGCAGUAUACCUCUCAGCAAGAUAUAUUCCAGAUAGACAUCUUCCUGAUAAAGCAAUUGAUCUGAUUGAUGAAGCCGGUAGCAGAGCUCAUAUGGAUGCAUUCAAGAAGAAGAAGGAAGAGCAGAUUUCUGUGCUCUCAAAGUCACCCGAAGAAUACUGGCGAGAGAUUAGAGCUGUCCAGGCAAUGCAUGACAUGGUGUUGGCAAAUAAAACUACAGAUGAUUCUGAAACUUUGGUUGAUGUCAAGGAGGUCUCAGAAUUUUCUAUCCCAUACUCACAAGAUUAUGACGGACAAGUUAUCGUUGGACCAGAGGAAAUAGCCACAGUUGCUUCUCUUUGGUCAGGAAUCCCAGUUCAGCAGCUCAAUGCAGAUGAAAGAAAGCUUCUAGUUGGCCUGGAUGAGGAACUUAGAAAACGGGUAAUUGGCCAGGAUGAUGCUGUGAAUGCCAUAUCUCGAGCUGUGAAGCGAUCACGUGUUGGCCUGAAGGAUCCUGACAGACCUAUUGCUGCAAUGCUCUUCUGUGGCCCAACUGGAGUUGGUAAAACCGAGCUGACAAAAGCAUUAGCAGCUUCCUACUUUGGAUCGGAGGACGCAAUGCUGCGAUUGGAUAUGAGCGAGUACAUGGAGCGGCAUACUGUGAGCAAGCUUAUAGGAUCUCCGCCAGGUUACAUUGGGUAUGGAGAUGGUGGUACUUUGACUGAAGCAGUUAGGAGAAGACCUUUCACAGUGAUUUUGCUUGACGAGAUAGAGAAAGCUCACCCUGACAUAUUUAAUAUUCUCCUCCAAGUAUUUGAAGAUGGUCACCUAACCGACUCUCAGGGGCGGAGAGUUUCAUUCAAGAACACAUUGAUUGUCAUGACAUCUAAUGUGGGAUCUGAAGCAAUUUCCAAGGGUAAACGAAGCAUAGGAUUCUUGAUUGCAGAAGACACAGUAUCUAACUCAUAUGCAUCGAUGAAAGCACUAGUGAUGGAAGAGUUGAAGGCAUACUUCCGGCCUGAGCUACUCAACAGAAUUGAUGAGGUCGUCGUGUUCCGCUCGCUUGAGCAAACUCAGAUGCUGGCAAUUUUGAAUAUAAUGCUUGAACAAGUCAAGAGUAGGCUGUCGUCUCUUGGAAUCGGUCUGGAGGUAUCAGAUGCCAUCAUGAACUUGGUGUGCGAACAAGGGUUUGAUAGAAACUACGGUGCAAGGCCUCUGAGAAGGGCCGUCACUCAGAUCAUCGAGGAUGUCAUUAGCGAGGCGAUUCUCGCGGGAGAUUACAAACCUGGUGACACUCUUACGCUGGACGUUGAUGGCACAGGAAACCCUGUCGUGAAUCAGCUACCUGAUCAGUCCAUCCACUGGUCUGAUGCCACAGUAUAGUGAAAUGUUCUCCAUAGUUAUAUUCUUUCACCCCCAUACAAUUACUAAUUCUUUUUGUAGACACACCAUUUAUAACCUGUAUAUAACUGUUAACUGGAAAAUUAUCAAGGGAAUAUACGAGUCAUACGUAACUGUUGACCCCAUUA